AUGGCGCCGCUCACAGGCGCUCGCAUUAUCGCCCUCAGCCUUCGAAACCUUGGAGUUACCACGAUCUUCGGCAUCGUCGGUAUACCAGUUGUGGAAAUUGCCGAAGAAGCUAUCAACCUUGGAAUUCGGUUCAUAGGAUUCAGGAAUGAGCAAUCUGCUGGCUAUGCUGCGACUGCAUAUGGAUACUUAACCGGCAAGCCAGGCGUCUGCCUCGUCGUUGGUGGGCCGGGCGUCUUGCAUGCGAUUGCGGGAGUGGGCAACUCCCACGCAAAUGCCUGGCCUUUGCUACUGCUUGCAGGGUCAAGCGAAACACAUCUGGUAUCAAAAGGUGCAUUUCAAGAGCUGGACGCUAUAUCAUUGCUUACACCACAUACGAAGUUGGCAUUGAGACCACCUUGGCUCAAUUUAAUACCAAAUGCGAUACAAAAUACCUACAAAACUGCUUGGUACGGCAAGCCGGGCACUGGCUUCGUCGAUCUGCCGGCAGACCUGAUCAAAGAUUCACUGGAUGAGACUGACCAGAUAGCAACCCUUCCUCCACUUCCUGAGCCUCCAAAAUGUGCUGCUUCGACGGCAUUCAAAGCUGCUCAGCUCAUCAAAAAUGCAAAAGCACCAUUGGUCGUGAUUGGGAAAGGUGCAGCAUAUGCAAGAGCUGAGGUUGUGAUACGAGAAUUCAUACAGAGAACAAGAAUCCCAUUUCUGCCCACGCCAAUGGGCAAAGGCGUAGUUUCGGAUGCGCACCCCUUGAAUGGGGCAAGUGCUCGCAGUACGGCUUUGAAAGGGGCAGAUGUGGUCUUGGUCCUUGGAGCUCGGCUCAACUGGAUUCUGCACUUUGGCGAAGCACCCAAGUGGAACCCCAAGGCACAAUUCAUACAAGUCGACAUCUCACCAGGAGAGAUUGGCAAGAAUGAUGGCAAUGCGGAGCUUGGCAUCGUGGGCGACAUCAGCACCGUUGUUCCACAGCUGAUGCACGAAGUGGGUGACUGGGCCUACAACGAUAGUGUGUCUACAUUCAUACAGCACCUGGCCGCUGCAAAGGAGAAGAAUGAAGCCAACGCUGUAGCCAAAGCAACCUCAACGAAAUCACCCAUGACAUUCGCCAACGCAUUCUCUGUGAUUGAGCGUACUCUUCAUCGUCUCUCACCCCCAGACGAAGGUGGUAUAGUCUACGUCUCUGAGGGAGCCAACACUAUGGAUAUCUCUCGCUCCAUCUUUCCCGUCUCACAUCCUCGCCUCCGGCUCGACGCGGGUACCUAUGCGACCAUGGGAGUCGGGCUCGGCUAUGCGAUAGCAGCUCAUGCUGCAUACAACGGCUCAGCGGGCGAAGGAUCAAGCGGACCGGCACAGCGUAAGAAGAUCGUAUGUCUCGAGGGAGAUUCAGCCUUUGGCUUUUCAGCCAUGGAGGUCGAGACGAUGGCUCGUUAUGGCAUGGAUGUGUUGAUCUUCGUGAUGAACAAUGGUGGGGUAUACCAUGGCGACAGCGACAGCACAGAGGAGUGGAGCGAUCUACAGAAGAAGACGCUGGCUGGAGAUAGUGGCAGUGGCUUGAGAAGCACAAGUCUGGGGUGGGAGGUGCGAUAUGAGAAGCUGGCAGAGGCGUGUGGUGGUACUGGGUACUUUGUCAGAACGCCGGAAGAGCUUGAGGAAGCUACUCAGAAGGGGUAUCAGGAUCCUCGAGUGACCAUCGUGAAUGUGGUGGUGGAGAGUGGGAAGGGACAGAGCCUGGAGUUUGGAUGGCAGGCCAGUGAGAAAACGAAGAAAGACACUUGCUCUCAGUCGUCGUCGAAGAAGACCAACUUCCCCUCGACUUAUUUUAAUUUGAUCGACGUUCCUCUUUCGCGCCCCUCUCCCACACGCACACGAGGAAGUUCCUGCAGCGACCCAGGUCAUCCUGCAAGCCAGACCCUGGCCACGGAUGCUUCCAAAUCCGUAGCUUCCCAGCCGACGAAUCGCCGGGAGAAGUAG